GGGAACAUCUCUGGAACAGCGCUACGUUUGCUGCUAGAGCGACACUCACUACAGAAUUUUAAACGUAAUUGUACAAACAAGAAACGCAGAUGUUGUCCAACCUGUCAGCCAUGAUGUCUCAUGGGUUUAAAAGCAGCAAACAGGAUUUCACUUUUGGACCCUGGAAAGUGACCGCAGCAAAGACGCACAUUAUGAAGUCAAAAGACAUUGAACGCUUAGCUGAAGAGAUGCACAUGCCAUCUCUUCCGGAGAUGCUGUUUGGUGACAAUUUCCUACACAUUCAGCACACGGAUGGUUUUGGUAUCGAGUUCAAUGCCAUCGAUGCCCUUAAGCGUGUCAACAAUAUGGAGGAUUCGGUAAAAGUAGCAUGUGCCCAGGAGUGGCAAGAGAGCCGAGCAGAUUCGGAGCACUCCAAAGAAGUGGUGAAACCUUAUGACUGGACGUACACUACUGACUACAGGGGCACUUUGAUAGGGGAUGACUUGAAGAUCAAGGUGAUACCAACGACAGAACGCAUUGACUUGGAGAAGCUGAAGGCACGAGAACAGAUCAUGUUCUUUGAGGACGUGCUGCUGUUUGAGGAUGAGCUGCACGACCAUGGGGUUUCCAUGAUCAGCGUGAAAAUUAGGGUUAUGCCCACUAGCUUCUUUGUCUUGCUGCGCUUCUUCCUGCGAGUAGACGGCGUUUUGAUCCGGAUUAAUGACACAAGGAUCUAUCACGAGGCUGGAAAAAAUUACAUGUUAAGAGAGUUCAGUACAAGAGAAAGCAAAAUUUCUGAACUGAAGCACGUACCCCCACCACUCUACACAGACCCAAAUGAGAUUGCUCAGCACCUGCCCCUCAGACUGACGGUGUGUGAGAAGCUAGAGUUCCCCGAGACACAACACCAAACAGAAUGCACAGAUGCACCGCAGUGAUGCAAAGAGCCCAGAGCAGAUGGGUGGAGGCAGGGAGCGCCGAGUCAGCGCCAAGUUCCUUGUGGCUCCAGCCGGACUCCUCGGUGUGGAGGAGGGGGACUCAAGUGUGGAGGCAGAAACCUUCCGCUCUAUAUUAUGGUGACCCCAGAAGACUUCUGUGAGACACAAGUCCUCCCUCUAUCCCCACACCAGCAGUAAAUGGAACUGAGCGCUGUUGUACAUGAGGGAUCUAGUAAUGUGAGACGUUUCAAUAAACACUUGUCCUUCUGCAUUCUGUUUAUUUACACACAAAGAUUUCAAAUGGUGCAUACUGCAGUUUCCUGUAUGAGGUAAAAUGGUGUGUGAGCUUCCUGAGAGUCAGAUCAUUGUACUUUGCUCUUUUUGUGUGAAUGGUCUUAAUGUAUAUGUUCUAAUACUGCCUGUGCGAUCUGCUCUGUUGUUAUAUUUAGUUUGCUUGUCAGUACGCAUAUAUGUGCAGCUGUGUGUAUCAGCUACAGACUUCAGCUGUGGUCAAAAUGAGCAACAGGUAGUACUGGGUUUUUUUUAUUAAGGAAAUUUGAUGCUUGUUUGUGACUGUGAUCAGAUAGGACACUUGGUAUUUUAAAGAGGUUCUCAAGAGUCAAGUAAAUAUUUUUGUCAGUUAAUUUUAAUGUUUACCUGAUCUGGUUUAUCGCUGUUUGUAAAUACCAGACAUAAAGCUGCUUUGUAAAUAGUGAGCAGAAAGUGUUUUUCCUUAGUGAGUUUGAAUAAGUGUUGACGAUGUCAAGCUUAGGAUCAAAUUAAAUAUUUUAUAAAAUGCAAGCUUGAAGCAACUGUGUUGCAUGGAAAACAGUUGUGACUAUUUUGUA